CCAACGCAUUCGCUUCCAUGCGAGACAGCUGGCAAAGUUCCGUCUCGUCUUGUCGGAUUCAGAGGAAUCCGUCUGCCGACGCGUCGUACUGGCGUAUGGCGUCUGUCUGUGUCAGCGUUGCUCCAAUUAACUAUGCACAUUGGCUGGAUCCAGCGAUACGCCCUAUAUUUGAGGAACAACUCCCGCUGAGCCGGGGCAUCUGGGCGCGGCCCCCGCCCAGCCCAAUUGCAGCGGCAACGGUCUACGAAGAAUGGAGCAUACAUGAAAACCUUUCCUGACAUGAACGGCAAGAUCCGAGAAUUAGGCGAGCGAUUUCAAGACCUCCAUUUUUCUGGAGAUUGUCUCAGGCGAAAUCGUCGUUGUUGGCAUCAAAAUCUUAAACGAGAACCCCCAAGACCACGAUCGCGAGUGAUCAGAAGGCUGCCGCGCGUCAGCCACUGCAAGAGCGGCCGCGCCUGCCUCCAGGAGAGCAGCCCGGCAGAAAAGAAGCUGCGCUUGCAGCAGGCCGUCGCCGCCGCCACGCUUCUGCCUCCGAGCGAGAUCGCCGCGCUGAAGCGCCUGGAACCCCUUACGGAUAUACAAUAUGAAAGCGAGCCAUGCAAGUGUCUGGCGCCAUGGAGACAUGGCAGAGACGCAUUGAGGAGCAUUCGUGUAUCGCGCACCCCAGGGCACAAGAACAACCUUGGGGGGCACACGCAGAUGGUGGCAGAUGGUGGCGACACAGAGGGCGGACAACUCCGGCCGCUCCUGAUGCAACGAAGGACCAAAACUGCAACCAAUCUGGGCCAGCAUCGCCACCACAAAAAGUAUACCACAUGAAAGCGAGGACGCUUCAGAGGCCAUGCAAUUUCCUGGCGCGAUGGAGGCAUGACAGAGACGGAUGGGAGAGCAUUCAUGUAUCGCGCCUCCCAGGGCACGAGAACAGCCUCUGGGGUCAAACGCAGAUGGCGGUUGCAGCGUCACGGAGACAGGGAGGGCAGACAACUCCGACCGUCCCUGGCGCACCGAGGGACCGAAAUCGCAACCAAUCCGGGACAGCAUCGCCAGCACAGAGGUGCUACGUGUGUGCGAGGACGCCCCGAUACCAUGCAGACUUCUGACGCGGUGGGAAUGUAGCAGAGAUACCUGCGAAAGCAAUCGAUUGCAAAAAAAC